AAUGGAAUGAGUUCAAGGCAAAGCUAAAGGCACUGUAUUUUAGUGGCAAAUUUACUGAUGAUGAAAUAAAGGAAAAAAGUGGGGAAAGAAUUAAUGAUGCUGACUGGAAUUUUCUUAUUAACUAUUGGAAGUCUCCUGAAUCUGAAAGGCGCACAAAAAGAGCGAAAACAAAUCGUGGAAAGCUACAGCUACAUCAUACAUCGGGCAGCAAGAGCUUCGCCUGUUCUGGGCAUGAAUUGGGUGAUGAGCUAGGGUGUCCUCCUCGAAGAGAUGAACUCUAUAUCAAAACACAUACAAGAAAAAAUGGAGUUCCUUCAAGGCAGGCAGCACCAAUAAUUAGUAAACUUAAAAACAUUGUUGAAGUCCGUCCAGAGUUAAAGGAUAGAACAAUUCAGCAAGGUGAUGCAUUUGCUUCUGUUUGUGGAGAAAAGGAGCCUAGAGGACGUGUGCGUGUCCUAGGUCUAGGGCCAACUCCGCAAGAUGUUGGUACCCCAGGGUUGAAGUGUUUCAUACCUACAAGGCUUCAAAUGGAAAUUUUGGCUCAUAAAAAGGCCGAAGGGGAGAAAGCAGCACUUGAACAGCGCAUAUUGGACAUGGAGGAGGAAAUCCGAGAGGAAAGGAUGGUGCGAGAAAGUCAUAAUAUUGAAGACAACUCGCAGCAUGGUUCUAAUUCACGACGCCAGGAGAGCCCAAGAUCCGAAGAACUUGUCAAUGAGCAACAUGAUGUUCAGUGUGGAGAUGAUGUUUCUGAUGAUCAGCACUACGAUGACUCUGAGGAUGAGAACUUUCUUGACCAGAGGCGUGUUGCUACCCCCUCCCCGCCUGCCAUGGAGAUUACAACCACGCUGAGGAAUGAUGCUGCCCCUCGCUUUGCCCAUGAUGAACUUGUUGGAAAGGAGGUGAUAUUAUAUGCCAUAUUGAGAUCUGAUCAAGCUGUGGCUAAGGGUAUAAUUAUUUCAACUGAUCCAAGCUCUGAGGUAGGUCAGCCUCUUGGAAGGCAAUAUUGUGAAGUUAUUGUGAAUAUUGUGCUCAAAAGGGAUGCAAUUCUGCCUCGCCCCUAUGAUGAAAUGGAGGUUAUGGGCGAUGCUGAUAUGAUGUCAGUUGCGUGGCCAUACAAGAAACUGAAGGUUGUCAACAAGACAUCAAAGUCAGCCCAUGGGUUUGCAGGGACUUCCGGGAGAUGCUAGAGGAAGGCAUGGAUGCUCUGCUAUUUUGGAUCUCAUGGAUGCUCUGCUAUUUUGGAUCUCAUAGGAGGAUAUAUGAGACAUUUUGUAAACAAAUGUAGUGGUUAUGCAAGCCAAAUAUGUGAGAUGUGCCAACCAAACUUUAUGGUUGUGUGAACACUUAAUCUUUUUGGUGGCUGGAUGCUGUGUUGAUGUGUUGGCUGCUAUAUAUGUACUAGUUGCAAUGGAGUUAUUAGUACAA